AUCGACGCGCUCAAAACACGCCUCCCACCUCUUUAAUUCCCUCUCCCUCCACCACACGCGCCCACCCACGUCAUCACCGCAAUCGCCUCCUCACCCCUCUCCUCCUCUCCUCUCUUCUUUAACCAAAUCCAAACCUUCCUUCCUCACCAAUCCAGUAAUGGCUUCCACAACUUCCUCCACCUCCCUUUACUUCCACAACAUGGAAGAAAUCCAGAAGGUUUUCAACCAAUUCGACACCAACGGCGACGGUAGGAUCUCCGUCGAUGAGCUCGGUGGCGUUCUGCAAUCCAUGGGCUCUGCCUGUACCUCCGCCGAGAUUGAGCGGAUCAUGGAAGACGUCGACACUGACAAGGAUGGUUUUAUCAGUCUCGAGGAGUUCGCUCAACUUUUCAAGUCCUCGUCUGGCGCUGCCGCUGAUUCAGAGUUGAAGGAGGCUUUCGAUCUGUAUGAUCAGAAUAAGAAUGGACUCAUAUCAUCUGCUGAGUUGCAUCAGGUGUUGAAUCGCUUGGGGAUGUCGUGUUCUUUGGAUGAUUGUGUUAGGAUGAUCAGUAAUGUUGAUGCCGAUGGAGAUGGUUCAGUUAAUUUCCAAGAGUUUCAGAAGAUGAUGGCUGCAACUGUCAACAAUGGAGCAAAUGCUACUGAUUCAGGCAAUUGAAAACGACGAAUCGAGGAGUUAUCUUCGGUUUCGAUCUGAGUACUUCACUACUUUUCUCCAUCUUGCUUUAAAUCAAAUUAGUUUUGAUAAUAGAAUAUUUUUGUGAUAUAAUAUAUAUCUUUUAUUAUUUGAAUUAUUGAUUUUGAUUUUUAA